UGCUUCUCUGAAAUGUAUUUAAUUGUUUCAGGGUCGACGAAAGGCACGAGGAGUGUUCUCAGUAGCGACAGGUGAGCACUUCUUGGUGACACAGUGAGAUUAUCGUAUUAGACCGGGACUUAUUACCGAGCACGUUUGUGGGUUAGGAAGACGCGGCGGUUAUUACGCUUUAUUUCGGUGACACAGGCAGCCAUCCCUUAUCAUGCCGUCAACUUUACGGCCAGUGCUCCCACACCACCUUGGGGGACUCGUCUCGGACACCCGUCAAUUCGGGUCUUCUGAGCGAUGAACUUGGCCGAGACGAAGUUCUCCGUCGAUAGAUGUACUCCUCGCGAUAAGUACGCACGUACAUAUACCUUCAUGCCAAAAUCUAUUCCCGGUAUAGAUGACCUCGUUCUCGACUCUCCGCUCAACGCAUUCUGCGUCAUGGGUGACGAAUUUCGGCCCAAUCCACGCCCACGACCUUCCCCACUGGAGGGCAUUUGGAGGAGUGGGGAUUCCGGUGCACCAGCUGAUAAGCCAUCCGUUGCGCCUUACCGGUGCGAUGGAAAUAUGGAAGAAAACCUUGUCGAUCGCACGGACAAGCUCUCCACACCCCAGUCACCGAUAUCCCCUUCCUUCAUCGCAAUCGACAGUGCACUGCGCGAUGCCGGUUUCGAUACCAGUUGUCUCGACGCCCUGGAUGAACAACUCCUUCGUUCACCGACAGAUUGUUUCUCAGACAUUUGUUGGGCCACUGCUGUGCAGGAUGACCAAGUCUGGUAUCAUCAGCAAGAAGCUGCUGAGCUGGACGUUGAUAUCGUGGAUAUGGGCGUAAACGUCGAUGCAGCGGAAGAGAAACGGAUGGACACGAUCAAGAAGAGCCCCAGGAAGGGAUGUCGGGAUGUUUACGUCCCUCCGUCUCCCCGUCUGCUGCCACCACAACCGAAACCGGUGAUACGUCCGCCACCAGUACAGACCACCGUACCAUCGGUGCCCGCAGCGCCGUUGUCAUCCUCACUGUCUUCAGCGGACAGUGAGGAAAUGAUGAGUCUGGACACGGUGCCGAAGAAAAAGGUUGUGGAUGCCGCCCCGUUACCGCUUCGUCACGAGAAAAAAAUGCCCCUUAAACUCGCUCAUUCCGCGUAUGAAGCACAUCAUAUUGACCUUGUGUUAACGUCAUCUGUGCCAUCCCCGGUGCCAUUAUCACCGACGGCCAACGGGUUGAUGGCGGGCAAAGGGGACCGUCCCGACGUUCUUGCGGCCUCGGAAGCGAGGAUACUCUACUCAAACCCGAACGAGUCGGUCCACUACUUUCCCGUUUCGCGUGAUCGAGAGAAGAAGGAGAGGCGGGAUCGCACUACGUCAGCUUCGCGGGAUGUGAACCGGAAGAAAAUUCAUCCCCAAUCACGGAUUCACACACAAAUGCCGUCUCCGCCGCCGUCACCAUCCCAUUCACCUUCGUCCUCUGGGUCUUCUAGGUCGCACUCUCAGGGGCCAGGAGGUAGAAAGUCUAAGAAACAGCGCCCUGCGAUAUCUAAUCCAGUUCCUUUACCUCCUCACGUGGCGAACGCGAUCGCCGGAGCAACCAACAUGAACAUGAGUACGACACACGUGCACACGAUGCCCAUUCCUAUCCCUACGUUCCCUACUUCUGGUUACUAUACAUCUCCCCCUUCGGCGCCUCCCCUACCUCCGCCUCGAUUUGCCAUGUCUGAUGCGGUGGAUUAUCUACACAUGCCCGGUACACCAAAAUCUCCUGGUAAAACUCUCCGCAAGAUUUCGAGUGCAUACUCUACGUUAACGGGGCGCAAGAGAGUAAAGUCUGCGGUGUAGUUUGUGGUUUAUUUGUUACUCCUGGGGGUUUGGGGCUGCGUCCGCCAAAAUAGUCUCGGCAUACUAAUUACCCGUCUUGGGUUCCUGUCGCUCUUUU